GAAGCCCGGCUGGCAGGUGCUGGUGUCAGCGACGCUGUCCACCGCAGUGGAAUGCAGACAAGUCACGCCGGCUGGCGAGAGCCGAGCUGGACCUCGGGAGACGCGGAAGAACGGUCGGUAGCUGAGUUCGCUGAACGUAUGUUCACGACUCACAACCGAAGCCGGGUGUUCGAGAGUUUGCUGCGAGAGAGAGUGUCGGACCGAAACAAAAUGACCAAGGGGUGGGUUCCUCUUUUGCUGUUGGCUCUGGUGCACUUGAUCUGCGCCAGACCGGACAACAGCGAUCACCAGCCAAGAUCAGGUUCAAGUUUGGCCAAGUAUACCAUGGGCACCCUGUUUUCCUGGUUGCUGAAUGAAAAGUUGUCAGGGCUUGUUGACACUCAGCCUGCUCUCAGUCCCGCUCUGGAAAACAUACGCCCGGAACAACCACCCAUCAAAAGGGCUCUGAGGGCGUCAACGGGCCUCUUGAGAAGCGCGCAAGAAGCCACAUCCAUGGAUUUUGAAGAAACCAACCUGGACUGGAAGCGGUGGGACGGCUACCUCCCGGAUUGGGCCGUGUCAAUCUACAACUCAUAUUCCCAACGCAUGGACUACAUCUGUAAGGUGGGCUGCCAAUCGGGCUACUACGACCCCACUAGCAGCAACCCUGCCUGCUCCUACACCUUGGACGGGGCGGGGUACACCUCUACGAAGUUUUAUCUGCUGGUCAACAAAGACAACUUUGAGAUUCUGGAGUGGAAAGAGGGCUCCUACGGUUCGGUCACAGCCAAUUCUAUCAGGACCUGUGCCAACGAAGACAUUUACGUUGGGAAGAAUGAGUAUGGAUUGGGGGAAGUGAAGGUUCGCGACAAGAGGUUCUACCUUCCCUGGGGCGGAAGCCGUUAUUCGUACAGUACUUACCAGGUCCUGGAGACAUACAAAGACAUCGUGAGAGAGCACUUGAUGGACGUCAUGUACCAAACAGCGGGCGUCAGCCCCUUCAAGUAUCCCCCUGAGGUGUUGAACAAGGGCACAAUAUUCAACUACGAGUGCCAGACCCUCAAGCACAUGACCACCCUCUCCAAGACCGUCGUGUCAUCCAGCAAAUGGGAUAUCAACUUCUCAGUCACAGUGGGAGUCGGCAUCACCAUUGUGGCCAAAAUCCCCUUUAUACUCAAAGGGAAGAUUAACUUCAAUGGCUCCUUGACCUAUAAAUUCAUCAAAGAGACCACCUAUACCGAAACCACCGUCUACUCUCUGACGCUGGAAACUGUGGUGCCCGUCAGUCACUCAUGCACGAUCAAAAUGCAAGGGAAGAAGUACGGAUUGGACAUCCCGUUCACUGCACGCUUGAAGCGCACCUACCGUGAUGGGGAGACCACGUGGACCACCGUCACUGGGACCUUCAAGGGGGUCCAGAUAUCGGAUGUCCAAGCUGAGAUGGAACGCUGUGAACCUCUCCCUGAUGUUAAGCCUUGUUAAGGCUGUGUGUGAAACUGCAAUAAAAAUAAUGUACACCAUGAA